UAUAUCUGGGUAACCCUGGGAGCAUGUAAAGUCAAUGACUAUGGGUAAGAAUUUAUGAGAACUUCAAUAUAAAGCGUACACUUUGUAAAGAACAGAGUUUACUGCAGAUCCUGCAACCAAUUCCUUACUUUUUUUCUGUGCUUAAAUCUGAUCACAUAUUCUUGAGAUUAUGGCAGAAGCUCUAGUGGGUGGAGCUUUUAUCUCCAGUUUUAUUGAUGUUGUUUUUGACAGGCUCUCUUCACCUGAGGUUGCAAACAUGAUCCGAGGCAAGAACCUUGAUAACAAGUUGCUUCAAAGGUUGAAGACUACCCUGUAUACAGUUCAACUUGUUCUUAAUGAUGCUGAGCAUAAACAGAUCAAUGAUCCCGCUAUGAAGGAGUGGCUUGAUGAUCUCAAAGAUGCUGUUUAUGCAGCAGAUGACUUGUUUGAUCAAGUUUCUAUUGAAGCUGUCACUCAAAAGAAGGAAAAGCUGUCAGGAAAGAAAUUUUGUUGUUGUUUUGGAUGAUCUUUGGAGUGAUGAUUAUGGUGGUUGGAAUAGUCUUAACACCCAAUUUCAAUAUGGGAAUAAAGGAAGUAAAAUUCUUGCAACAACUCUAGCAAAAAGUCUUAAUGGGAUAAAGGAAUUGGGAGAACUUUCGAAUCUUCAUGGAUCACUAUGGAUUACAAAAUUGGAGAAUUUUACUGAUAUUGGUGAAGCAGGGAUGCAAGGAUAAUGGAUAAGAUCGAUGAUAUCGAAAAUUUAAUUUGAUCCUGGAAUGGUCUUCGAGUAAUAAUAUGGUUACAACUUUAAGAGAAAUAUUUGACUAGUUGCAGCCUCACAAGGGCUUGAAAGAACUCACGAUUAAGAGGUACAUACGCUUGAUAUUUGAAAAAGUUCUCGAAGGAAUUCUCAUAUGCUUGAUAUGCUUCCAUAGGCCAUAGCAUAUGCUCUGGAUUAAAGGCAUGAUUCACCGUCACAAAAUAUUAAUCCUUUUGGACAAAAAGAUGAUGGUUUCAAAUAUGGUAGGUUGUUGUCUUGUGAAAUCACUAUUUCUAUUUUGAAAAGUCUGUACUGGAAAAUUUUGCGUUGUAACUUGCAAUAUUUUUGUCGUCAAAUAUAUAUUUUUGUCACUAUUUCCAUUAACAAAAACCUCACUGCCAAGUCUUCUGUAUCUAAUAGAGUCAUAGAUAUGUUUGAUGUAUU